GGUCUGGCAGCAUGUGACGAUUCGAUAUUGAUCGGCCACGAGUAUUUUGAUUUCGCUUUUUGAGAGAACAUUUUCUGCCAUUAUGGAGGAAGUUCAAGAGUUAAAAGAGACCAGAGACGAAAUUCAGAGCCUUCUUUCAACUGCAACUCGACCUCGCGUCAAGAAACUUCUGCAAGAUGAGUUGGCACUCGUACAACGUGAGAUCAAUUCCGUGGAAAAACGAACAGAAAACCCGAGCGAAGGUGAACCAUGUGCCCAGGUCCAAGUGGAGAAAAAACCCGCAGUGAAGAAACCUCAAGUGACCCUAACAAAAAUUACAUCCUACGCUUGGGACCAAUCGUCGAAGUUCGUGAAAAUUUACAUUACUCUGCCAGAGGUGGAAACUCUGCCAGAAGGAAACGUUUCUUCGAAAUUCACCUCCAAUUCCUUGGAGUUGAAGGUACUUGGACUGAAAGGCAAGAAUUACCAAUUUCAGAUGGUCAAUUUGCUUCAUCCAAUUGUCCCCAAGUCGAGCUCAGUGAAAGUUAAAACCGGGAAACUCAGUAUCCUUCUGAACAAGAGCAAAGAAGAGAACUGGUCCUGUUUAACAGCAGCAGAAAACAAGAACUCAAAACAGCAACCAAAGUUUGAUGAAAACAAGGAUCCAGGAGAAGGCAUCAUGGAUUUGAUGAGGAAGAUGUAUGAUGAGGGUGAUGAUGAGAUGAAGAGAACCAUUGCAAAGGCCUGGACAGAGUCAAGAGAGAAGCAAAAUUCAGUAGAUCCAUUGGCAUGAGCUUAAUUUGUGAGAACACUAAGCUGGUGACUGCACCACUCAUAGGAACAUUGCUCAAGUAGGAACUCUUAAAAAAAAUUGUUUUCUGGUGAGCAAAAAAUUCAUAGAUCAAUAGGCAUGGUAUUACUUAUUUAACGCACAUAGCAAACAUAACGAAUCGACAGGAAGGGAGUGGAAUGAACCAGACUAGGUUACUUAAGGCUUCCGAUCUCAGCCUAGUAUCGGCCAUCCCUAAUGGGGUAGUCAACAUAUUGGCAGAUACUCAGUCAAUGUGUCAACCAAAAUUUGGUCAACAUGUCCAUAAACAGUGUCAGUCGAUACUCGGUCAACCAACAGAUUUAAAUACUGUACACAAGAUCCCCAGACUGGACUGGAAUGGUACUGUGUUGACAUGAAAAACAACCAAACUGGACCAUAGUGAAACUAAAAGAACUAGUGUGAGCCAGAAUCAGACUGAAAUGGACCAGAAUGAAACAAAAUGGCCCAAGAUAGAAACUAAUAAUGAAACUGGAAUAGAUCGGAAUGAGUCUAAAAAGAAAAAAACAAUGGGACCAUGUGUACUAAAGGCUUCUGCAGUUGAGUGUUGAUCAAUGCCCUCAGGCAACACUCUGUUGGCACUCGAUUGACAUCUCAGUCAAAAGUCAGCUAAUUUUCGAAGAUGCCAUUGAAUGUCAAUUGAUACACAUGAGUUGGUCGACACUUAGCUGAUUAUCAGCCAACUGUCAAUCAAGUAUCAAUCAAGAUGUUGAUUGAGUGUCGACUGAGUAAGUAAGUAAGUAACAACUUUAUUUACAGAGGGUAACACGUAACAAUAAAAAACUGACGAACCAGUGGCCCUCUAUCCUAAGUUAAGUAUUGAUUGAGAUAUCCAUCAAGUGUUGAUCAAGAUGUUUAUCGAGUGUUGAUCAAGGGUAUCAAUCAACACUCAACUGUAGAUGUCUUGGUAUACAUGAUCCAAAACAUGUUAAUACAUACAGUUUACAAUCUCGCUCAUUCCAGCUUAUUCCAGUCUCCUGGUCCAUUGUGGCCCAUUCAGAGUCUAUGGGGUCAUUCUGCUCCAUUCUAUUCCAAUCCAUUCCUGUCAAUAUGUACUGAUGGCAAGGCUGGACUUUUGUAUUAGUGCCUCAUUCCACAAAGCGCGCAUCUGAUUCAUGAAAGCAAAGUGACCAGGUUAUAAGUUUUUUUCAGUUCCGUGAUCCUGCUGCGACAUUCCUUUCAUUCCCCAGUUAGGGUCCAAACUUUAGGAAUACAGGGUUUCUGGGACGAUGUGUAGCUCAUGUGUACAUCAAGGGCAGUUAAGCUGUAAGCAGUAAAAGGCAUGAGGCUGGGUGUGGUCACCAAACAAUUGUCCUGUGGGAAGGAUCUCUCUUUUGUGUAUGCACCCUGUAUUCUGUGAUCACUGGGCAAGAAAAAGAUAAAUUUGUUUCUGUGUCUGUUUUAAAGUUUACAUGCAGGAAUGCCAGUAAUCAAUAAAAUAUGUUCCAUUAUUGCAGCUGAAAUCAACUUUUUUCAUUAUUGUGUAUUUUUACAAUAAUGAUGCUUAGGUAAUACACUGCAGAUGCAGAGUCUAUUUAACAUUCUCCAUUAAGUUGGUCUACAUCAACUCUUCUUCAAUUGACUCUUAGCCUUAUAAUUAUACCUUGAAAACUGUUUUACCAAUGAUAGACUAAGUGCAAAGCUAAUGUAAUGUCACUUUGUUCAUUUCGCUUCAGUUGUCUGUAAUAUACAUUGUAGGUAAAGUUAUGUACCGGUAAAUGAUGCCCUGUAAAUGUGAAUGAUGUUAUUAAAGUUAUGCUAGCUUUAAUGUU